UAAUUUUAUGCUUUUUUUGUUUUGAUUUGACGAAGACGCUUUAAACGAUUAUUACCGUUUAUUAUGUAUUACGAUUGUAUAGCAAAUUUGUUUAUAGUGUAGCUUUUUUUAAUAUGAAGUUAUGAUUGAAUUUGUUACACUAAUGAUGACAAUACAUAAUACGAACUCUCAUCAAGUUUGAACGCGCAUUUGAACUGUAAUUAUAAGACUGUAAGCUGAGGUUUUUUAACUUAUUGUAUGUUGUCCGUCCACAAUGGAUCGAGCCAGGGCGGAAGUCGUUAUCGCAGUCUCCAGUUUCCUUGGUUCAUCUCUCGCGACCGCAUUAUUCUUUGUUUGUACACCCCAGCCAUUCUGCUUACUGUUGUCACCAUGCCUUGCAUUCUUAUCUGUAGUAAUACAGGAAAGACUUAUGCGAAGACGUGUUUCAGAGAUUUCCAUCAGGAGCUCAUUAUUGGGCAAUCUCUUCGCCUUCGGUGUUUGGACGGUCUUCGUUUUCCGCUCAGUGCGGCCAUUCGGAAUCUAUAUGGCACUAUUGGCUCAUUUCCACUGGUCGGAAUAUUUAUUCAUUUCCAUGUUUUCACCGCGAUCUUUGUCCGUUAGAAGCUUUAUGUUGGAUCACAGUCCGGCAUAUGUUUUUGCGACCAUAGCUUCAUGGAUUGAAUACACAGUCUGGCAAUUUAUUUUCCCAGGCAUGCGUGAUUGUAUUUGGAUUUCGAUUGUUGGAUUGCUGAUGUGCGUCGUGGGUGAAUCAUUACGGAAAGUUGCAAUUGCCACUGCCGGAGAGAAUUUCGAUCACAUUGUUGAAGAUAGUAAGCGGCGCGAGCAUGUGCUAAUAACUCACGGAGUCUACAAGAUUUGCCGCCAUCCUUCUUAUUUGGGAUGGUGGAUGUUCGCGGUAGGAACGCAGAUCGUUCUCCAGAAUCCCGUGUGUGUUUUUGGCUUCUUUUAUGGUGCUUACCGGUUCUUCGCUGAUCGCGUACCGUACGAGGAAAGAAUAUUGAUUCAGUUCUUCGGUGAUCAGUAUAUUCGAUAUCGCCAGCAUGUCCCUCUUCUUUUGCCAUUCAUUAAGGAUCCAAAAGAUGUCGAUUAAUGCUCUUGUCGUUGUUGCUUUCCAAAUUUCUGUGAUUUCCACUUACCCGUGAUCAUUCCGAAUUUCCUGGUGGAUUUCCUGUUGAGUUUACUGCCUAAUGGCAUUAAAGUUUUUCUGCUUGAAAGUUUUUCUGGUACGUUUAGCUGAUUCAUUCUUAUGGUCAUACCGCAUUUUGCACAAGCGUAAGUCACGCCGACUUAACUCGGUGGUCACUGGUCAGUAAGGUUUUUCUUUUCCUAAGAUACGGUAGGUAAAGUGUAAUCACGGUCCUUCUACUAUAAAUUACUUAUAAAAAACGAAAAAUAAAUGUACUAAAUAUACGUUGGUAAAAUGUGCUUCCUAUUUAGAGAAGAAUAAUGGAUAAGAGAAGAAGAGUUAUUGUUUUUAACCUAUUGGCGUUUUUUGUUUAUUUUUUUAUUCAUUAAGCUUAUCGGUGGCACUGGCCGGUGAUUACAAUUUACCGGUAGUGGUUACCUUCAGAUCGAGCAUGUAUAUGACUUAUGCUUACGAUGAAUUUUGUUUAUGAUGCUU